GGAAUCCCGAGAGAAUAAAUAUCGAGAAAUUCUAGGUUCUAAGAUGCUCGGGAAUCAUACGUGUGAUAACAAUUGAUGACAGUUAUCGAUCAUCGCAAUCCCAUGUGUUGUGAUUGCCGACUGUUUUGAUAUUCGGCAAAUCGGAUUUAUUCCCACUUCGGAUACCUGCCUACGUUAUCGCGGAAUAUUCGCGAAACUGUUUCGCAGUAAUUGGAAUCUAGGUAUCAGUGUCCGUUUGCCGAGUUAAUAAACCGCGUAUAGUUUCAUACCUGUGCGAUUGAUUCGCUCCGAUUAAUAUGAAAUGAAAAUUAAUCUGGUUCAUCGAUGAUCUCCCCGAUUGAACAAACUGGUUUGCUUAUGUGAAACAAAUUGAAGAAAAAGUUGAUUACAAUAAACCUCGAGUCUUACUCGGAUCACACCACGUUCCAGCAGAGAAAAAAUAGAAGAUAUACUCACUGAGACAAAAGCUCACUCAUUAACAAGAUAUCGUCGGAGGUAGGAGGGGUUGUUGUGAGUGAUGUAGAAAAAAUGACGUCACUGGCCGGAAAAUUACUUUCAAAAUCAAAACCCGCUGUAAAACCGUCGUCGUCGACGUCGGAAAAGGACGAAGAUGCGGCGAAGGCGAGUAAUCUGAGCGAAAAGCAGCUGAAACAGGAAGAGAACGAGAAACGAAAGGGUAAAAAAAAAUUGGUCAAAAAGAAGGGCGAUACGAGGAAGCGAAAUUUGAACGACGAAGCUACAGCUACGGUGUCUACGUCGCAAUCAAUCGGAAUUCACAAGUCGCGGGAAGACGGAAAUAAUUUUGUAGAAAACGUAGCGACGGUGUUCGGAAAAAUGUCUCUGAACGAUAAACCCUCGAAAAAGGUUGGCGGAAAAUCAUCGGGUACGAAGUAUAGUGAAACGGAAAAUCGCGCGGAGUCGAAGGGAAAAUUAGCGACUGCCGGAAGGGAGGAGAGCGAGAACAAAGUCGGUAAAGAAUCAGGUGAGAAAUCUGUAGCGUCAGUAACCGAAGUCGUAAAAUUUAACGAAGCUCUGAAAACCGAUAUCGAGCCGGAGGGAGAAUCGACAACGAAAAAUCGAAAUUCGGUAAAUUACAAUACGUGUGGAAAACAAUCUCGUGCUAUUACGGAGGAAGAGAAAAAACGCAAACUUCGAGAGGCUGAAAGAUUUACCAAAGCGGUGGCGAAAUUUAGCGCAAAAUUCAUGAAAGCUGCCAUUGAAAUGGGACUGAAACCGGAGGACAGUUUCUGCGAUUCCUCUUCUUCUCCCUCGUCCAACUCUUCAUUUUUCUCGUCGGAUUGCGCUUGUUCAUCUUCGUGUACCUGUUCCGAGUGUUGUACCACGACCGACACUUCGAUAUGCAGUUGUUCGGACUGCUGUCUGAAAACCAAUGAAAUAUGUUCCACUUGCGAUUCAUCAAAUUUGGAAACCACAAGCGACGCAACGUCCAGCGGUAGCUCGUCUCCGUCGUCCGUUGAUUAGACGUCGCUCGAUGAAAAAUUAACCAUGAUAAUCUGAAUCUUAUAUUUCUUCGCCUUAUUUAUUCUAUUCAUACCUCCAGAUGUCCCAGGAACGGUCUUCUUAUUUUUAUUUAUUUGAUGUUUCUAGAAUUGAAUUUUUAUGGAAAAAUUAAUGCGAGUGCUGAAUCGUGCAAUUUUAUGUUGCAAAUUAUUUGUUAUUUAUUUCUCUUGUUUUCUCGAUUGUUCGAAUAUCUUCGUUAAUUUAGAUUAGAUCAAAAAAUAAUUGUGCACUCAACGAUCGUUGUUAAGUUGAGGCAAACGUAUAUUUUUUAUGAGUAAAAAAAAAAAAAAAUCAUUUCAUUCGCAUAAGUAUUUUUCCUUCGAUUUGUUUUAUUUCGGUUGAUUAUUUCAUUUCUUUUCCUUCUUAACUCGUCGUUUUUACCUCAAAUCUGGGUGCGAUCGUUGGCCCGUUGAAAAUUACGUGGGAAAAAAUGACGUGACAAAAAUAUACGGUGGGUGUAUUACGAUGAACCCGAAAAUUGAGAACGAGACCUCAUCAUUUUUCUGGUCAUCGCGUAGCUUGCCGAGAAAUUUAUUGGAUUCAAAAUGUGUUUUCAAUUUUUGGAAUCUUCGAAACUAAGCCAAGUGCGGCCCGUCCGAGAAUAGGUCGAGAAAUAUUUGUCGCGCUGCAAUUUUAUCCAAAUUUUUUUUUUCCAUUUGGCGUGAUAAAUUUCGCGGGUAAUGAUUAUAACUGUACUUCAAACUAGAAAUUUCAACGCUUGUACCUAAUAAACCGAAAAAUAAAUGGUAAAAAAAUUCAUCGAUCCAUAAAUUAAACGCGCUUGUUUAAAAUAGAGAAGAUUUAUAAAUACGUGUUACCAUACGUGAUACGGGUACGCGGUGAACUGCACGUAACUGAAAAAAAUUUGAAGGAAAAAAAAAAAAGAAGUCAAAAAGUUUCGACCGGUUUAUCAAUUUUCUACUGUGAUUUGAAAAAUGUCGAGGAAACCCGUGUUUUCAACGUUUUCGUCGGAUCUGCGAGACUGCAGGGGGUAUACGAUAUCGCGUAAUGUACCUACGUACGUCUGCGCGUUCUACGAUUGGAGGCUCCCCUAUAUAAGCGACGUCAAGCGUCCCGACGCUGCAGACGCUAAUAACGCGCACCAUUGAAAAUGUCAACGAAAGCUCUGGCUUUGCAUGAGGUAUACGUAUAGCUACACGGUGAUAAUUUCAAUGAGAUGAUACCGAGUGACGAUGAUGAAGUUGGUAUUUUGAAAAUUCAGAAAUAAAACGAAUCACUUAAACUAUGAUU